UAUUUACGUUCUUGUUUGUUGUCGUUGCAGGUCUGCGCUCCCACCGCCGCCUUCGUCGUUUUUCUUUAUUUUUUCGAGAGACAGAAGCCGCCGCCACCCGACACACCGCUCCAACCCUCAGCGAUCGCCGUCGCAAAGCCACCCCCACCCCCCGCUAUUGACAAUCAAUAAUGGCGAGCCCUCACAAGUUCCUUCUGCUGUUGCUGCGGAUGAGCGUCGCCUUCUGCUUGGGAGAAGCCCUCAAGGACCAGAAGUUUGCCAUGGAACCGCAGGACCAGACCGCCGUCGUUGGAUCAAGGGUCACUCUGCCCUGCAGAGUCAUAGACAAGAGCGGCAAUCUGCAGUGGACGAAGGACGAUUUCGGUCUGGGAACGCACCGCAACCUCAGCGGUUUCGAACGAUACUCGAUGAUCGGCAGCGAUGAAGAAGGCGAUUUCUCCUUGGACAUUUACCCGGUGAUGCUGGAUGAUGACGCAAGGUAUCAGUGCCAAGUGGCGCCCGGACCUCUAGGACAACCCGGAAUUAGGAGUCAUUUCGCCACCAUCACAGUCCUGGUGCAACCUGAUCCACCUAAGAUCGUACAAGGCGAUUACCUGGUGACCACCGAAGAUCGCGAGAUCGAGUUAGAAUGCGUGAGCUACGGUGGUAAACCAGCGGCGGAAAUAACUUGGAUCGAUGGGAUGGGCAACGUCCUCAAUGAGGGCAUCGAAACUAUCGUCGACGAACUAGCAGAUGGUCGUCGUUUCACCACCAAGAGCAUCCUCAAGCUGACGCCGCGCAAGCAGCACCACAACACGACUUUCACGUGCCAAGCUCAGAACACAGCGGAAAGGACGCAUCGUUCUGCCAAACUCAAGCUCGAGGUGAAAUACGCUCCGAAGGUAACUGUGUCGAUACUAUCGGGAGCUGCAUCGAGCGGAAGGAUCCAAGAAGGCGCCGAGGUGCAUUUGGGCUGUAAAGCCGAUGCGAAUCCUGCCGAGGUCACCUACAGAUGGUUCCUAAACGAAGAACUCCUCAUCGGUGAUUACACGACGGAACUGGUCCUUCACAACGUGUCUAGGAAACACCACGAUGCCAUCAUCAAGUGCGAAGUGCACAACGCUGUCGGAAAGAGUGAAGAAACCGAAACCCUAGAUAUAAGCUAUGGUCCGCAGUUCCGGUCGAAGCCGCGCUCCAUCCAGGCCGAUCUUGGUGCAAGCGUGACACUGACCUGCGACGUCGACGGCAAUCCCUUCCCGGAUAUUACAUGGUACCAUGAGGAUGGCACCAGGAUAAUUAGCACGAACGCCAAUCUCACGCUUCGAGUUGACACGGAAAGCGCCGGACGUUACUAUUGCAAGGCGCACGUCGCCGGCUUCCAGGACAUGGACAUCAGGGCGGAGGCUGCAAUUUAUUUGAAAGGACCUCCGUCCAUCGUCAGCCACCGCAAGCAGUUCGGAAUCGAGGGGGACAACGUCCGGGUCGAGUGCACGGCCUUCUCGAUCCCAGCACCGGAACGGGUCAUCUGGACAUUCAAUGGUAGAGAGGUCGACCACGAUCAGGACUACUCCAUCCUCGAAGAUCCGCAGCCGGAGGGCAUCAAAUCUACGCUGAUCAUACGGGAAUCGCAGGAGAAACACUUUGGCGUCUACAACUGCAGCGUCUCCAAUCCGUACGGCGUCGACGUCGUCGAGAUUAACUUGAUGCAACAAAUCGUCUUUCCAGAAAACUUCCCCACGUCGUUCGUGAUCACCGGUGGCAUUGCUCUGGUCUUCUGCUUAUUCUUCGUCGCUAUCGUAACGUACCUCUGCCACAGGCAAGGUAACAAGAAGACACCGCCGGAGGGUGGAGACGUGAACGUCAUCGAGAAGCAAUGCAAGGAGUCGGAUCGUAGCUCGAACAUAUCCGAUCUUAAACUGGACCUGAGGACGGGAUCCUCGAACAGCAACGUCCACUGCGACAUGGACUACAUACCUGGAGCAGAGUCGGAGACUGGAAGCGAGUCCGUUAUAACGAGGAUCGGCGUGCCGCUCGCCGGACCGGUCAACGUUUCCGCUCAAGAGAUAUACCGUUACUCAGCCGAUUACACGGAGCCCACAUUCCCACCCAAGCAGGAUGGUCAGAACAACAACGGCUACGUCCCCUACGUGGAUUACUCGAGGGAUUACAAUCCACCGAUGAUGCAGCCACCGAUAACCUCGUCCCUGGAUCAAAGCCUGCAGUCGACGAGGCUCCAGCUGAACUCUCUGCAGAACCAUCAGAUCCCGGUGUCCGGCGGCUGCAUGCCGAUGAGCGACCUCACCGACCUGCACAUCGCGGCGUCCCAGGGCAUGGGUAACGGCACGAUACCCGGGAUGGGCCACAUAGAUCCCAGGUUCAGCGCGGUCUACGGCAAUCCGUACCUGCGGAACCCGAACAUCGGCCUGCCCACGCCGAACACGGCGAAUCCUGCAGCGACCCCGGCGCCUCCACCGUACUCGCGCGACUCCUCCAGGAACUUAGUGAACUCGGGAAUCGGAGUUGGCGGAGGAAUGGUGACUGCAAGUGCUAACGUAGUGAACACAGUUCUGUCGAAUGGUGCGAACGGCUCGGUGCCCCAAGUUACGAGACUGCCCAACUCCCCCACGAGUCAAUACAUAGUUCCAAACACUAACGUGAACACCCUGAAACGGGGGACAAUGGCGACGCACGUAUAAUACACGAAUGCGACGACACGGACGACAUUCAUAUAAGCAACAAAAAACAAAAACUAAAGAGAAAAAAAAACAACAACAACGUUUAUUCAUUGAACUCGAAAGUGAAUUGAAUUUAAACGGAUAAGACUGAGAAUCAAUCGAUUAUUAAUAUUAUUUUUUACUAAAAAAAAAAAUUGAAGAAGCGCAGAGGCAGCGAGGGCGAGAGAAAAAAGCAAAAAAAAAUGUAUUAAAAUUUAACGAAAAUAGAGACGACGAUGACGACCUACACCACACCACACUCAUGAAAAAUUAAUUUUACUUUCUUUCUUUUGUAAUUUAUCAUUAUUCAAUUUUCGUACUGUUUCAGAAAAAAUGGUCCUAAUAAACGAAAAACAAACUUUAUUUUGAACCGUUGAAAGAGGCAGCAAGAGAUUUAAUUUCAAAAAGAAAAGAGAGCGCGACGUUAGACAAUUAAAUUAAUUGAAAGGAAUCUCUGAGUAAAUAUAUAUGAUUAAAUUAAUCAGUUUGGCCUAUUUCAUCAAUUAAACUACAAACACACUGUCAAAUCGUAUAUAAAUAUAUU